AUGGCAUGCACCAACUCAUGCUUCCUGCUGAUCCUUUGCCUGAUGUUCAUGCCUCAGAGCCAAGGACAGGAAGCCCAGACGGAGUUGCCCUCUGCUUGGAUCAGCUACCCAGAAGGCACCAAUGCCCAUGGCACCUACUGCUACUUCUUUAAUGAAGAACGUCUGACCUGGGUUGAGCUCUUCUGCCAGAACAUGCAUUCGGGCCACCUGGUGUCUGUGCUCAGCCAGGCUGAGGGUGCUUUCAUGGCCUCCCUGAUCAAGGAGAGCAGCACCCAGGACCUCAAUGUCUGGGUUGGUCUCUAAGACCCCAAAAAGUUCAGUCCAAAGUUUCUUUCUUCUCCUGAGCUCAGCUUUCACUGGAUUAGUGGGUCUGUAUUCUCCUACAAAGCCUGGACCAUGGGAGCCCCCAGCAGUACCAACCCUGGCUACUGUGUGAGCCUGAUUUCAAACACAGGGUUCCUCAAAUGGAGGGAUAUAAGUUGUAAGUCACUGUUCUCCUUUGUCUGCAAGUUCAAAUACUAG